CAGUUAUUGCACUUGGUGUUAAAUUGAAAUAACGAUGCAGUCAUGUUGCGUUUCACCAGUAGCCUAUCCGAUCAAUUAAAUUGCAAUACAGGUAGCCUAAUCAACAGAGUGAUUUGUAAACUGUCCAAGGUAGUGACAUGGCGACUGACAAAUCUAUCCACCAUCUCCGGUUUGAUGCUGCUGUAAAAGUGAUAGAAAAUCUACCGCCUGACGGCUCAUAUCAACCCUCACAAGAUAUGAUGCGAGUGUUUUAUAGUUACUAUAAGCAGGCUACACAUGGUCCUUGUGAUGUCUCAAAACCUACUUCCUGGGAUUCAGAGGAGAAAGCCAAAUGGGAAGCAUGGAAAGCUUUAGGUAGCAUGACAAAAGAGGAAGCCAUGAUGGAGUAUGUUCAAGAAAUUAAACUGAUUUUGGAGAUAUUUCCCGUUACUGAAGAGGUGUCAGAACUACUUGAUGUUCUUGACAACUUCUAUGAGUUUGUUGACAACGAUGGUGUAUUAGUGGGAUCAGUGGAGUUUAUCAGAGAAACUGAUAAGAAUUUGGUCAGUGGACAUAUUGAGUUCAACGACACUGAAUGUGGAGUGAAAGCAGGUGAUGAAGGUGAUGAUGAAGAGGAAGAGGAAGAGGAGGAACACAGUGGAGAUGGACAUGACUCUGAGAAUGAGAUAGAAGUGGUGCUGUUGGAGAAAGAAGUCUUGCUUUCAGACUACCAGUGUGUGGACCUUACUGGACCAGUGGUGGAUGUUACUUGGUGGAGAGGUGGGUCUCCCGUUGAUAAUGCCAGUGUGGAGAAAAGCAGCUCCUCACUGAGCGAUGGCACUACCAGCUCCCUCAACACCCAGGAGGAUGAAGAGCUGGCCUGUUCCCAGGAGUCCCCAGCUGAGAAACUCGUCUGCUGCAUUGAUGCACACAUAUCCAAUGACAAUGGGGUGGCCUCUGGACAAAGUCACCACACUCAGGCUGCAGAUAAUGAGGUGAACUGUGACUCCUCAGAACAUCCCGCUCCAGAGGAAGGUGCUACAGUUCCCAGGAUCUCGCUGGCAACGCCUGAAGGAGGUCGGGCCAGAAGGCAGAAUCCACAGGGAGGGAACAAGGCCGGUCAGUGUGGGAAUCAGGAACCAACCCCACAACACAGUCCCCCCUACUUUCAGGCUCAUGGAACAGUCCAGCCAGACCAGGGCUCGGUCCAGAUGGAAGGCGGUAGCUCACUUGGAUUAGAACCAUGUUCUCACAGCGAGACAGAUUGCCAGGAUGCUCAGAGGAGCAAGCACAUUGCCGUGGGAGAUAUAAACAAGGAUGUUGUCAUAGCGCUCACACGUCUGCAGGCAGACAUGCAGGAUGUGCUGCAGAGGCUGAACACACUAGAGGCCCUGAGGGACACACAGACAAAGUCCUUAGUACUCAGAGAGGAGCAGCUUAUGAAUGAAACAAAAAAGAGGACGUCAUGGUGGCCCUUCAGCUUGUCUCCAGCCACUAUGUCUCUUGCUAUAGCUUGGCCCCUCUUGGUGCAUUGGAUUGUUGACUUUUACUACCAGCGGAGGAGAAAGCAGCUGCACUGAUGAUUACAUGUCAUAUCAUCAGAUGAUAAUCCUGUCCAUUCCUGACUACUAAAAGAAGUCAUCUUUGGUUGUUGCAAGCCAGCAAAAGAUGGUGGACGGACGGUCAUCAGUACUGUGUGUGAGAAUAAAACAGGUCAUAUAGGUGACAUCGCACUCUAUGGUAGUGUAACGGUAGCCAGCCAGUAAACCUCCCUCCUGAUACCUUGAGAGAUGUGCUAACAACAGAUGCUAGCACCCAUGACUUUUAGCCUCUUGCUAACAUACCUGCCUGCCAAUCCGAGACACUGCAAGUUCAUGGGUCCGAUUGCAAGUCAGUAUGGUAUGGUGUGUUGAGCUUAAUGGCAGAGGUGUGUUGAAUUCCCAAAAGUGUCCGAAGCGCUAACCAGUAGGCCAAGGCUGCCCCAGGGCAUGAUAACUUCUUUAUAGACAGUAAUGUGAUUUUUAAAUUUGUUUAUCCCAUAUGUUCAUUAUAAUUAAUUGUGUAUUUAGGGUCAAUGGUAAUGUAAUGCUUAACUUAGAAACAUACACAGUUUAAAAAUGGAUUUGUUUGUGUCUUUGUUUAUCAAUAAAUGUUUUUUUUUUUUGUUUUAUCCAAGGUGAUUUUAAAGGAUGUAGUUACAACUUGCAUCCACUGCUGCCUGGUCUUUAUUGUUGUACAACAAUGCCAAAAAGGGUUUAAAGGAGUCAUGCCACAAGAUAAAAAGAAUCUUCUUGGUUUUGAAGAUAUGUUAAAGGAGAACUAUGCAGAUUUUUUAGCUUAAUUUACCUUACCUGAACAGCUUCAAAGUCAUUGGAAUGGUUAUAUGAUUUUUUUCGAGUUGAAUGGUGGCCGUCUCGUUUCCCCAUAGCAACUGUGAGGGGAAAAACCACCCUUGCAACGUUGGGCCGGUGGGCCGGCGGCCUCAAAGACAGAAAGACAGAAAGUCUCGCAGCCAUAGCUUGCAGCCUCGCGAUGUAAUGAAUUGCUUUACUGCACUACACACAUACACGCCAGGCACCUGCUAGAACAAGGUAGGGAUGGAGUUUCUCUGACAUUAGUCAUGACAGAACCAGCAAAAACAAGCAGAAAGCGAGUAAACCGUUGUCUGAGGAACAGGGAAAGAGGAAAACAGCAGACUGACCGAUUGAGGAGUGUCAUAAAUCAUAUACUCUGAAGCUGUAGGGGGAGCUCUGCAGAGAAACCUGCGAGCGAAAAGCGAGAAAACAGCAAAGAAAUUGACAAAACUGCAUAGUUUCUCUUUAAUGUGACUAAUUGAAAAUUACAAUUUUGACUAUUUCAUGGGAAAUAUAUGUUCAUUUUGAAUUUGAUGCCAGCAACAUGUCUCAAAAAAAGUUGGGACAGGGGUAUGUUUACCACUGUGCUGCUUCACUUCUUCAAAAUUCUGUAAAUGUUUAGGAACUGAUGAGACCAGUUGCUAAAGUUUUGAAAGUGAAAUGUUGUCCCAUUUCUGCUCGAUAUAGGAUUUCAGUUGCUCAACAGUAUAGGGUAUUCUUAAUCAUGUUUUUCAAGAAUGUGUUAAAGAAUGUGUUUGUGUUGUAUGUAUGCUGCU